AUGCGCCUGCUGCUCCUCCCCUCAGCCCUCAUCCCCCUCGCAGCCGCAGCAUCCUACACCUGCCCGCCCCUCGGCCCCGUCCUGCCCGCCGCACGCAACCCGUCCGCCCACCCGGCCGUCCAACGCGCCCUCGCGACCUUCCGCACCUCUCUUGAGGAGGAGACGGCGGAGUUCGCAACCUCGGCCGUGUCGAUCGGCGUCAAGUCCGCCCUCGAGGACGAGCCCCUGCUCGACAUCCACCACACCCCGCCGCGCCGCGAUGCCCGCGGCGCGCAGGCUGUGGAUAAGGACACCGUCUACCGGCUCGCGAGCGUUAGUAAGGUAUUCACGGUGCUGGCGGCGCUGCAGAGGGAUGAUGUGGUAAGGUGGGAUGACCCGGUUACGAAGUUCCUCCCGGCGUUGAAGGGGGCGGCGGGGGGGAUGGAUGGGUUGGAGGUCGAGUGGGAUGAGGUUACGGUCGAGGCUGUUGCGGUGCAUGUUUCUGGGAUCGGGGCUGACAUGAUGAUGGAUCGGGGACAGUAUGAGGGCGACUGGGAGGCUCUUGGCCUGCCUCCGCUGGAGAAGAAGCCGGAAUGCGGUGGGUUUAUUGGACAGCGGCCUUGUGCUAUGGAGGACUUUAUCGAGGUGUUUAAGAACCGCCGGCCGCCAGUCUACCCAGCCUACCAAACGCCCGUCUACUCCAACACUGGCAUAGCCAUCGUCGGGCUCGUCGUGGAGGCGGCCACCGGGAAGCCCUUCGACAAGGUCCUCCAGGAACUCAUCCUCGACCCCGCGGGCAUGCCCUCCACGACGUACCCCCAUCCCCCCGAGGACUUGUCGACAUUGUUCAUCCCCGAAAACAACACCAUCUGGGACUGGGAUCUGGGAGUCUUUGCCCCGGCCGGGGGGAUGUACUCUACAAUCCGCGACAUGCUCCGCUUCGGCGACGCCAUCCUCCGCCACCGCCUGCUGUCCCCGGCCAAGACGCGCCGCUGGCUCAAGCCGUCGACCUUCACCUCCUCGCCGAGCGAGUUCGUCGGCAAGCCGUGGGAGGGCCUCUUCUCGGCCAACCUGACGGGCGGGCGGCCCGUCGAGGUGUACGCCAAGAGCGGCGACAUCUUCGACUACCACGCCGGCCUCGCGCUGCUGCCCGAGUACGGCCUGACCGUCUCCGUGCUCGCGGCCGGGCCCGAAAUCUCGGCGGUCGCGCCCGCGUAUUACAAGUGGAAGCUGUGGGCGCUGCUGCCGGGGCUCGUGCGCGCGCUGGACGAGGCCGCGCGGGAGGAGGCGGCAGCGCGCGUGGCGGGCCGGUUUGAGGACGCGGGGACCGGGUCGGCGGUGACGCUGCGGGUUGACGGCGGGUGGGGGGUGCGCGUGGAGGACUGGGUUGUGAGGGGGUUCGAGGUUGUGCCGAACUUGGGGCGGUACAGCCACACGGGGCUGAACAAGACGGGGAUGGAGCCGAACCCGAACGUGACGGCGAGGGCGUAUCCCACGGGGCUGAGGUCUGGGGAUGAGAAGAGGGAGGCGUGGAGGGCUGUGUUUGACUAUUUCACGCCGGAGCAGCGGGAGGCGAUUGACAGGGAGGCGUUCUAUGCCAACGCGUCUUGCCUCAGCUGGGGCACUGUCGACCGGAUCACGUACGGGUACAAGGCGCUUGACCAUUUCGAGUUUGUGUACGGGGAUGAUGGGAGGGUUGAGACGGUUGUGCCUGUGGCUUUUGGGGUGGAGUUGAAGAGGGUUGAGGGGGAGGGGGGCCAGGCUGACUGGGGUCGAUCGGACGAGCUGUAG